GUAAAUCUGUUGAACUAUAUUUGUAGAAGCAUACGACUAUGGGUUUUUUUAUGAACAGUUUAGCUGUAGUUGUAGCCUUUAUUUUGCUACCUUACUACUUGCCUGACUCACCAAUUACUCAAGAUGUAAACAAGCUACCAGAAGAGGCACAAACAUGGUACAAGCAAGGACAACUAACAUCUAUCAAUGGCUACAAAGUGUUCUCAAUCUACAAAAAGUGCAGCAACCCAAAAGUUGUGAACCCGCCCACUUUUGUGCUCAUACAUGGUUUCCCAUCAUCAAGUUAUGAUUAUCAUAAAGUUUUGGACGGACUCUUAUCAAAGGGCGACGUGUUUAUGCACGACCACAUAGGUUUCGGGUUUUCUGAUAAACCUGUUCAGAACUUCACAUAUUCCUUGACUGAGGCUGCAGAUAAUUGCUUAGCGACCUGGGAAAUGUUUGGCAUUAAAAAGGCCCACGUUGUUUCACACGAUAUGGGAGACUCUAUAUUGACUGAAAUCCUUGCUCGUAGACACAGAAAUAUGUUGCCGGACUAUUUCAGCAACUUUUUCGAGAGCAUCACUUUUACAAACGGUGGCAUGAAAUAUUCGAUGAUUAACUUUCGAAUCGGCCAGCGUAUGAUGAGCAGUUCGCUUGGCCCAUACUUCUCAAUGGUAAACUCUAAACUCGGCCUUUCUAGGGUAUUUUCCUCGCAGUUAAAAUCUGUCUGGGGCCCGAACAGCGAUCAUGACGAAAUGAUGAAAGAAAUAGCGUUGAUCACCGCCUUGAACGACUACAAAGGCGGAACUAAAAUAAUGCACAAACUAAUUUACUAUUUAUGGGACCGAGCACAUUUCGAAUUUCGGUGGUUUUCAGCGCUGUCGGAAAUAGAUGUUCCUGUUCGCUUCAUUUGGUCAGAUUCGGAUGCAGUAAGUCCAAUGUCCAUACCACGUUUCUUUCGAUCUUUUGUUCCCGGGGCGAAGUUCGAAGUUGUACAGGACGCAGGUCACUUUUAUAUGCUGGAAAAGCCCAAGGAAUGGCUGCUAAAAAUUACCAAUAUUUUGGACUGAAACAACUCUUUUAUCGACUAAAUUGAACAAAUUCUUUCCUAAUUUCGAAACAAAUUGGUACCCGACGGUACUAUACGCAAUUAGAUUAGAUAGAUUAUACAAAGCGCGCACAACUACAUUUUAUAAUUUAUUAAAUAAAACAAAGUUCAAACGAA